UCCAGCAACAACGAUGAACUGGCGACACACAGACACAUUGCUGCUUUCUGCCCUUAUGAUUAUCGUUUGCUUUCAACUUCAUAUUUCAUACGCUGACGUUGAAGUACAAACAGCGACUCCAGAUAACUCUUAUGUGGAACAAACAGUUGAAGGUUACCGAACAGUACCGGAGAUGGUAACACGACCUACACACCAAGAGCCCCAGCAUGAUUUUUAUUCUAGGUUAGACAAUGGAAGAUAUAGAAGAAGCGCUGUUCCUUCAUACCAUCGAUGGCCCAAUGCCGUAAUACCAUAUGUUUUUGCUAAACAUUUUAAUUAUAAACUCAAGCAGAGAGUCAGAAAAGCCAUGUACAUUUGGCAAAAGUAUACCUGCGUGCAGUUUCGGCCCAAAAGACAUAAUGACAAAAAUUGGGUUAAUAUUAAAACAAGGGGCUGUUAUUCCAAUGUUGGAAUGGCCGGUCGUGGUCAAAGUCAAAGUCUUGGCUUAGGAUACGCUUGCGAAGGGCUUAGAUCGAUUUUACAUGAACUAGCACAUUCCAUAGGAUUAAACCAUGAACAUAACCGCCCGGAUCGUGAUCAUUAUAUAAACGUAUAUCCACACAGAAUACAGGGAAAUCUUGGCUUUAAUUUCAAGAAACUCGACAGCAGCAAAGUAUUCACUUUUGGUACACCUUAUGACUUUUACAGCAUCACGCAUUAUAGCAGUCGUACUUUCGCGAGGGGGCGCGAAGAACCUAUUGUCACUAAAGAUAAAAGAAUGAUGGCCGUUAUCGGGACAAUUAAUAACCCAAGCUUCUAUAAUUACAAAAUCGUUAACCUGAUGUAUAAAUGUGGUGCGAAAUGUCCCAAAAAACGAUGUCGAGGCGAAGGCUUCCUUUCAAGAGAUUGUAUUUGCUACUGUAAGACAAACACUCCUACAGACCCUGUAAGGAAAUGUUCUGAGCUUGAAUGUCGAGACGUAAUUACCACGUGUAGACAGAAGGCUAAACAUAAUGGAUGUAUGCGCAAUCUUAAUUUUAUGUCGAAGUAUUGCAAGAAAACGUGCGGAAAAUGCCCGGGAAGAAACAUAUAUGAAAGGAAAAAACCUGAAUGUCGAGACCUAAUUACCACGUGUAGACAGAAGGCUAAAUAUAAUGGAUGUACGCGCAAUUUUCAUUAUAUGUCGAAUUUUUGCAAGAAAACAUGCGGAAAAUGCCCGGGAAGAAACAUAUAUCAAAGGAAAAAACCUGAAUGUCGAGACCUAAUUACCACGUGUAGACAGAAGGCUAAAUAUAAUGGAUGUACGCGCAAUUUUCAUUAUAUGUCGAAUUUUUGCAAGAAAACAUGCGGAAAAUGCCCGGGAAGAAACAUAUAUCAAAGGAAAAAGCCUGAAUGUCGAGACCUGAUGAAUUGUAAAUAUAUUCGUAGAGUUUAUAAAUGUAAAGCCCGGAAACAUUUUGUAUCGAAGAAAUGCAGAAAAACGUGUGGAUAUUGCUAAGGAAGCAACAAGUUUUAUAAGAAAUAAUAGAAAGAGGGUCUGAAAAAGAAAGAAAAGAAACCUGGAUAUUUUAUUAUAUAAAAACCUUUACAUUUAAGAGCGGAUAUAUGAUCUGAAUUAUAACAGCAACGAACUAAUUUUUAUAGAAGUGUUAAACAGAAUUUCAUUUAUAUUCCUAUUUUCAAACACUGAAAUAUUAUAUUUCACCGAUUGAAUCUUACGAAAAAAGAGCCGGAGCUCUAUGAAAUCAAACUUGUGGUCUGUCGUGUUUAUUGGAGUCUAAUGAGAGAUGAAAUGUGCGAAUCUGCUACGAAUGUCCUAUAAAACUCCAGGGUCAGAAAUGUUGCUUACACUGCUUCAAUACAGUAAUGGUUUAGGAAAAUAAAACACAAAUCUGCGCUGAUGAGGACUGAUGCCGCCAACCGAAGAGACCAAUGGUUCGUGUCUUGGCAAUACUGUCUUAGCAAGAAUUAAAAUAACACAAAUACAUAUAAUUGUUUAACAGAACAGCAAGAACUCAUGCAAUGAUAACAAGAACAACAUAAAGAUAAGUUUGUUAUGAUAUCAGAAUAAACAGCAGUUCUGCCUACAUUAUCUUUCUCAAUAACAACAGCAACAACAUAAGUGACAAUAAAUGUAAAAUGAUGUUAACAAGAGAGUAAAUAUGGCACUGUUCUAUGUGAAUUUCUAAGCAGUUACUGGCCAUUUAUUUGUAGUCAACGAAAUAAAAUUGUCAAAUGGUUGAUGUUUGAACUUAAUAAAUUUUAAUUAAUUCUUGA